CUCAAGUUGAAGCCUUUGCAAGAAAGCCAAAAUGGCACCGCCAUCGACCCAACAAGUGCUCCUGAGUCCUGCUGAGCUCUCAUAUAUUCACACUUCCCUGUCCCUUACCCCGCCAAUCCGCCCUGAUGCCCGUACAAGCACCCAGUUUCGAACUUUGACUGCUGAGACGAAUAUAUUACCAGGCACAAAUGGCAGUGCACGUAUCUGCUUCGCAGAUGGAACAGAAGCUAUUGUUGGGAUAAAAGCAGAAGUGGAAAAAUCAAGAACGACUUACCAAGCUGGUGAGGAUUUGAACUUCGCGGAUGAUGACGACGAAGAUGAGGAAACGAGACAAGAGGAAAAGGAAGCCGAAGAAAGAAGAGGUUCAAAUGAGUGGGUUGAAUUGACGGUUGAGAUCCCUGGAUUUAGGGAUGAUGAUUCAAUGCCUGUGUUCCUGGCUGCAAUGCUCAGCGAGGCUCUAUUGGCGGAUGGGGAAUUCACGAGCCGACUAUGGAUCAACAGAAGGUAUCAUUGGAAGCUCUACCUGGAUAUUUUACUGCUCUCACAGCCAUUGUCGUACCCUUUACCACUACUCUCUCUCACAACACACCUCGCACUGCUCUCAACUCGUCUUCCCAGAUUGAAGUCAGAGCUCGAUGAAGACCCAUUAUUCGAUGACGACUGGGAUGCAUCUGUUUUCCUGUAUCCUCGAGAGUGGCAAAAAUCAUAUACACGGCCCCCAAUUACGCUUCUUGUCAUGGCAGUGAAUGAUAAUAUAAUAUUUGAUCCAAGCAAAGAGGAGCUGGCGGUUGCAGAAGCCGUUUUGGCUGUCUCAAUUGGAGAGAGAUCUUCAGCUAAUGCAGAAGAUGGAGGGAUGGAGGUUGAUUCUGAUAGAAAUGCAAGAGACUUGAGAUUAUUGGCUGUCAGGACGAUUGAUCCCCCAUCAAGAUUAACCCAUCCUGGAGUACCGAAUUCGAUGAAUACGGCAACAGGAGGGACAGCAGCAGCGACUAUAGAGCAAGCAUCGAGCCAGCGCGAGGUUACGGAGGCAGAGGGUGUUUGGCAGCCUCCAAGAGGUGGGGCAAAGCGGAAGCUCAUUGCUGCCAUGAUACAGAAGGUCUUGGAACCAGGAGGGGUAGCCGAAGAGGUUUUAGAUGGUUUAGAUACAGUGGAAUUGGGCUAGUUG